AUGGACGGCUACUCGUUCGAUGCGCGUUCCAUUGAAAUAGUGCAGGGAAAGGAGCGAAAAUGUGUCAAAGGAGAAGGUAUGGCAGGGUCAAAACGAAAUGGAACACACUGUAGCUGCGUAGGCGGCUGCGCUCGAAGCGACAAGAAAGCGGUCGGAAUCGAGGCGGGACCAUCGCGAACUGCAGCGAAGAAUGGUGCUAGCAAGGGUUCUCACUCGACCGCUCCAGACUCCAUCCAGACUGCUAAGCUCCACCGCAUUGCUUCGAGCGCAGCACGAAGCGGUUCGGGCUUUGGGCAUACGCAGCAGCAAUGUGCUUCAUGCAGUAUUGACCCUACUAUAAUGUGA